ACGCAGAGAGAAAGGGAGAAGAGACCAGAGAGAGCUCGUCCUCCUUCUCCUCAUCCUCUGGCUCUGGGUCGCCACCGCGGCUCCCCCUCCAUCAAACCCCCGCUUCUCCCACAUCUCAGAUCCCAUCCAUCCAACCAGCCGAUGCCGCCAACCCGACUCACCCCGCCACGCCGCUGAACGUCGUCCACCACGGCAUGCCCGGGAUGGUCGCGGACGCGCCGCCGUCCUCCUGCCCCGCCCCUUCCUCCUCCUCGUCGGCGAUCUGGUCGCGCCGCCGCGACGAGAUCACCUUCGACCGCCUCCGCAAGUUUUGGAAUGCCCUAUCACCUCAAGGACGGCAUGCGCUCCUCAGAAUAGAUAAACAGACCCUGAUCGAGCAUGCUCGCAAAAAUCUAUACUGUUCAAGGUGCAAUGGGCUGCUUUUAGAAAGUUUCACACAAAUAGUCAUUUAUGGAAAGUCGCUGCAUCAAGAAAGUUCCGGUGAACCAAGAGUUUUGGAGAUUGAACCGCAUGAUGUUCAGGACCCAUCAGUUCAUCCUUGGGGAGGCCUUUCAACAACAAAGGAUGGCAUCCUAACACUUCUUGACUGCUUCAUAAAUGCAAAAUCUCUUCAUGUACUCCAGAAUGUAUUUGACAAUGCACGGGCGAGGGAGCGUGAACGGGAAAUGCUUUAUCCUGAUGCCUGCGGUGGGGAAGGAAGAGGAUGGAUUAGCCCAGCUAUAGCUAAUUAUGGCAGGGGGCAUGGAACGCGAGACACAUGUGCUUUGCACACUGCGCGCCUUUCUUGUGAUACUCUGGUGGAUUUCUGGUCUGCACUGGGUGAUGAAGCUAGAUCAUCUCUUUUACGGAUGAAGGAGGAGGAUUUCAUUGAAAGACUUAUGCAUAGGUUCGACAGCAAGAGGUUUUGCAGGGACUGUAGAAAGAAUGUUAUUCGUGAAUUUAAGGAGCUUAAGGAACUGAAACGCCUGCGUAGGGAACCUCGCUGCACUAGUUGGUUCUGUGUUGCAGAUACAGCUUUCCACUGCGAGGUGUUUGAGGAUGCUGUUCUAGUUGAUUGGCACCAAGAUUUCUUGGAGCAAGAUGGAGCUUAUCAUCAUUUUGAAUUAGGUGUUGGAACUGAUGAAGGAAAAGCUGAUAUUCUAGAAUUUGAAGAUGUGGGAAUGAAUGGCCAAGUCCACAAGAAAGGCCUUGAUCUUGACCAGUAUGAAGACUAUUUUGUCACCUUGAGAGCGUGGAGGCUGGAUGGCCGCUGCACAGAAUUCUGUGUGAAGGCCCACGCGUUGAAGGGUCAAUCAUGUGUUCACCGCAGGCUGAUUGUGGGGGAUGGGUUUGUGACCAUUACCAAAGGUGAAAGUGUUAGAAGUUUCUUUGAGUAUGCUGAAGAAGCAGAGGAAGAGGAUGAGGACGAUGCCAUGGAUAGGGACGGGAAUGAUCCUGAUAGCGAUGGUGCUCAUCCACAGAAGCAUGCUAAGAGUCCUGAACUUGCAAGAGAAUUUCUCUUGGAUGCUGCCACAGUGAUCUUCAAAGAACAGGUCGAAAAGGCUUUCAGAGAAGGCACAGCCCGGCAAAAUGCACACAGUGUAUUUGUGUCUCUUGCACUGAAACUACUGGAAGAACGGAUUCAUGUUGCUUGCAAAGAAAUAAUUACAUUGGAAAAACAGACCAAGCUUCUUGAAGAAGAAGAGAAAGAGAAGCGUGAAGAAGAAGAACGCAGAGAGAGGAGGAGAGCAAAAGAGAGAGAAAAGAAGCUUAGAAGGAAAGAAAGAUUGAAAGAGAAGGGAAGAGAUAAGGAAGAAAUGCCAGUUCAAUCAAAAUCUUCUGGUGAUGUAACACCAGGUCAUUGUCAGUCACCAGAUAUUCUUGACUCCAGAUACUCAGCUAGCGAUGAGGAAGGUAAUGUUGUGGUUGCAGAACAAUUCUCUCGUGAUACCUCUGCCGAUCAAUCUUUAAGCACGGAGGCUGAUGAACAAAGCAAUGAGCAAUGCAGUACAACAGCAGAAUUUGUUCCCGCAGAUUGCAGUGACUCUUUCAUAUGUGAACAAUCAAAAUCAAGAAGAAAACCGAGAUUUACAAGGGAUUCCCCCCAAGAAAAGGCAACCAGUUGUUGGUAUGAAGACCGCCGAGAUGACUCUGAGGACAUUGGUGACAUUCACUGCCAAUCAAGGGAGAGGACAAGGAAUACUUCUAGAGGCUGCAAUUCUGCAUUCAGUAUAAAUAGCCGAACAAGAGAUAGGUACGAGUACAACCCCUGCAGUUGUGGCCAUCAGGAAGAUUACCGAUAUUUUCCCUCAGCUAGAUCGAGCAGGGAUGUGAAGAUGCCCAGGAAAACAUUGGUUGAAAAGCCCAGGUUGCAGUACCGCAGGUGCUAUCCAGUGGAUAGUUUUGUUGUGCCAAAAGGAAGCCGUGUUGGUAUUAUACCAAACAAGAAUACAGGUCCAAAGCAAGUCUGGGAGCCAAUGGAUGCAAGAAAGAAAGCCAGCUUAGGGAAUGCACAUGAUGCUUUCGAAACAGUUGAUAAUACUGGAAGAUCCGAUCAAGUGGGGUGUUCUAAGGAUAUCAAUGAAUGUGAAAAGCUUGGCACAGGGGGUGAACCACUUGCUGAAGUUUGUUCUGAUAGAUCUGAGGAAGCUUGUAAGUCGGACACAGAUCAGCCAGGCGAUAGAGAGGACAAAACUCAAGCUGCUUGCAAUGAUGAACCUGCUGUGGUGAACAAGCCUGACUCCUGCUUGAAAAAAGGUGCCAGUCAAAUGGCAAAGCUAACCACUUCGGAUAGCUCGUCAUGUCUAAGCGAGGGAGACAGAGAUAGCAGUAUGAGCAGCAUGACCUCAUUGAGUGCUCAGAAUGCAGAAUCUUCUUCUUCCACUUCUGAUUCAGAAGAAUCUUCAGAAAGGAAUAAUAGCAGCCCAGGUGAUCCACCAGCAAAGAAUGCUUCCCGGUCGUUACUGGAAAUGUGUGCAGGAAAUGGUUUCAGAGAAUACCAACCGAAAAGCAUGCACCCUCCUGGUAGCAACCAAUUUGGUUUGGGCAUGGCCCCUUUCCAGGACCAUGUAUUGCAUCACCACAAGGUACAGACACCACCAUACUCGUCAACUUUUGUGGGGUUCCACAGCCAUCACUUGUCAGUUCCGACGAGUGGCUACCUACCGUAUCCGCAGCCUGGCACCUUUUACCCCAGCCCUGUUGGAUACAGUGUCACCGGGAACCAAUGUGUUGACUUCCCAAUGCAGUACAGCAACAAUAUACAUCCUUAUUCAGGUCCACCGGAAUUCCGGUAUAUACCUGCACCGCCAAUCAAUAAGACUAUGUUGACCUUCAGUGCCAUGCCACCAACCCCACUGUGCAUAAAUGGAAGACCGAUGGUCAUGAAUCCAGACAUGCAACAUCACCAUACCCUUCCUCCUGAGUCGGAGCUGGUGGUGGCCCAGAAUGGGUGCCAUACCCUUCCUCCUGAGUCAGAGCUGGUCGUGGUCCAGAAUGGGUGUCAUACCCUUCCUCCUGAGUCGGAGUUGGUGGUGGCCCAGAAUGGGUGUUCAGAGAACAACUUCAAACCACCGGAUGAUAGCACACCUUUCUCGUUGUUCCAAUUUAACCUGCCAAUAGCCCCUCCCGCCUCAGCGCCGUCCAAAGACGUGCAACCGGAUGGAGGGGCAAUGGCGGCAAUGACAAAGCCACCAAUGGCCCAAAAUCAGCCUUGCUCGAGGGAGGAGACAGAUGUCAAGGAAUAUAACCUUUUCUCCGGAUGUGAAAGGACUAUAAGCAUAUCUUCGUUCAUGUAGACAGGAAAGAAAGCGGCUUAUUUGUCACAGCAUAAUACUCAGCGAGUGAUUUGUAUUCUCCAUCAACAGAAUAAUACCUCGAGGGUUUUUACUGCACUCCCCUUGAAUAUUUAUUAUUCCUUCUCUUUGGAUUUGAGUUGUGUGUAUGGAAACUGGAAAGAUAGUGAGUGGUAUAGCAGGUACAUUUAAAAAAAAUCUUGAGUUGAAGUUUUGCUAUAUGAUGUUUCCUUCCAAUUGGUUUGGUUC